UUCAUGAAAUAGAGAGAGAGAAAAUUGCAGAGAUUACAUGGCGACUUCGAAGUUUCAAGCUAUGUGGAACCAUCCAGCAGGUCCCCAAACCAUUCAUUUUUGGGCACCUACUUUUAAAUGGGCAAUAAGUAUUGCCAAUAUUGCAGAUUUCUCUAAACCACCAGACAAAGUUUCUUAUCCUCAGCAGAUUGUUGUCUCGACCAACGGAUUUAUCUGGUCACGCAUGGCUGAGGCGGCAAAUUAUAACCAAUGUAUUGUGAGUAUUGCAAUGGCAGCAACAGGAUUGUAUCAGCUAGGGCGAAAAGUGAAGCAUGAUUAUUUCUGAGGAAGAAGCCACAGUUGACAAGACUCUCUAAUUCUUACUCAUUUUCACAUCUUCUUUCACAAACUCCAUUUCUUAUCCUUGUGUUUUGUGUAAAAAUAUGCAAUAAUAAUAACUAUUUGAAGAAAUUGAAGACUCAUAAUUCAUUGCUAAAA